CUCUUACGGGCUCUGCGCCCAGCUGGAUGGAGGGGCGGGCUCCGGGGCGCGCCUCUGCUCGCGUUUGGUCUGCCGCCGCCUGGGGCUGUAACUCUUCCUCUCCGGCUGGGUGGGUUUGUUUGGUUUCCUUCUCCCCACCCCUUUCUCCCUUCUCCAUCCUCUUCCCUCCUCCCAGCCCAUUCACCGAGCUAGAGCUAGACCUCGCCCCUCCUCCGCACCCGCCUCCCGGCCGCUGCCUCCUCUAAUGAGCAUCUCUGCCUUGCUUUCAAUGGGCCGGUGCUGCUGUCGCUGCUGCUGCCCGCGCGGGUUGUGGAUGUUGUCGGCUCCGUGUUGUGAUGACAGGAGAAUGUGUGUGUGUCCUGGGCCCAGACGAAUUGGAAUCCCAGUCAGAAGUUCCAGCCUACCGCUGUUUUCUGAUGCCAUGCCAGGACCAACUCAACUGUUUUUUCCUCUCAUCCGUAACUGUGAACUGAGCAGAAUCUAUGGCACUGCAUGUUACUGCCACCACAAACAUCUCUGUUGUUCAUCACCCUACAUUCCUCAGAGUCGCUUGAGAUACACGCCUCAUCCAGCGUAUGCCACCUUUUGUAGGCCAAAGGAGAACUGGUGGCAGUAUACCCAAGGAAGGAGAUACGCUUCCACGCCACAGAAGUUUUACCUCACUCCUCCACAGGUCAACAGCAUCCUUAAAGCUAAUGAAUACAGUUUCAAAGUGCCAGAAUUUGAUGGUAAAAAUGUCAGUUCUAUCCUUGGAUUUGACAGCAAUCAGCUGCCUGCAAAUGCACCCAUCGAAGACCGGAGAAGUGCAGCAACCUGCUUGCAGACCAGAGGGAUGCUUUUGGGGGUUUUUGAUGGCCAUGCUGGCUGUGCUUGCUCCCAGGCAGUCAGUGAAAGACUGUUUUAUUAUAUUGCUGUCUCUUUGUUACCCCAUGAGACUUUGCUAGAGAUUGAAAAUGCAGUGGAAAGUGGCCGGGCUCUGCUCCCCAUCCUCCAGUGGCACAAGCAUCCCAAUGAUUACUUCAGUAAGGAAGCAUCUAAACUGUACUUCAAUAGCUUGAGGACUUACUGGCAAGAGCUUAUAGACCUCAAUACUGGCGAGUCAAGUGAUAUUGACGUUAAGGAGGCCUUAAUUAAUGCUUUCAAGAGGCUUGAUAAUGACAUCUCCUUAGAGGCUCAAGUUGGUGAUCCUAAUUCUUUCCUCAACUACCUGGUGCUUCGUGUGGCAUUUUCAGGUGCCACUGCUUGUGUGGCCCAUGUGGAUGGUGUUGACCUUCAUGUGGCCAAUACCGGCGAUAGCAGAGCCAUGCUUGGUGUGCAGGAAGAAGAUGGCUCUUGGUCAGCAGUUACACUGUCUAAUGACCACAAUGCUCAGAAUGAAAGAGAACUAGAACGGCUAAAGUUGGAACACCCAAAGAAUGAGGCCAAGAGUGUGGUGAAACAGGAUCGGCUGCUUGGUUUGCUGAUGCCUUUUAGGGCCUUUGGAGAUGUAAAGUUCAAAUGGAGCAUUGACCUUCAAAAGAGAGUGAUAGAAUCUGGCCCAGACCAGUUGAAUGACAAUGAAUAUACCAAGUUUAUCCCUCCUAAUUAUCACACACCUCCUUACCUAACUGCUGAGCCAGAGGUAACUUACCACCGAUUAAGGCCACAGGAUAAGUUUCUGGUGUUGGCUACUGAUGGGUUGUGGGAGACUAUGCACAGGCAGGAUGUGGUUAGGAUUGUGGGUGAGUACCUAACUGGCAUGCAUCACCAACAGCCCAUAGCUGUUGGUGGCUACAAGGUGACUCUGGGACAGAUGCAUGGUCUCUUAACAGAAAGGAGAGCCAAGAUGUCCUCAGUGUUUGAGGAUCAGAAUGCAGCAACCCAUCUCAUUCGCCAUGCAGUGGGCAACAAUGAGUUUGGGGCUGUUGAUCACGAACGCCUCUCCAAAAUGCUCAGUCUUCCUGAAGAGCUUGCUCGUAUGUACAGAGAUGACAUUACAAUCAUUGUAGUUCAGUUCAACUCUCACGUCGUGGGGGCAUAUCAAAACCAGGAGUAGUGAGUAGAUCUCAACCUAGCAAUCCUCAAAAGAAAGAAAUUGAAAGGGCAGAUAGAUUUUUUAGAAAGAUACUAAUAAAAACAUCCAGUGCUUAUUCUAAGCACUUACCCACUUGAUAGUCCAGCUAGUCAAAUAUUCCAAAUGACUUUAAGCAGGAUUGUGGGAUACUGAGAGUCUGGUCCUGCCUAGCUUGGGUCUCACAACACCUGCACUUGAGGCAAGUCAGUUCCUUACUGCAGAUGUCUUGAGACAUUACCUUCCCUUACCAACUGAAAAUCACAAUGACUUGGCAAGUAGGAUUUUAAAUAGGCCAAAGGCAGGGAUCUUCCUGGGCAUAUUUUCUUGGUAAAAGGGAAGAAACAUUACUAUUCACACUUACAAACCCCUUUCUUCACGAAGAUUUCAGUGUACAUGAAAACAUUUAUUUAUUGCAUGAUUUUCUAUAUAUACAAUCAAUAUACAUUAGUUAUAUAAAUUUCUUUUAGCCCGAAGUGGCUUUCAGAACCAGUACUUUUAAGCCAUAAAUGACCAAGAACCAAGCAAUCUGAAUUUGUAAGUUUUUAUGAGUAUUUGAGUGGAAUGCUUCUUUAAUGGAAAAACAAACUGUGCUUUCUUUCUCACCCAUUUUUCUAAUGUGAUUGAAACAUUUUCCAUUUUGCCAUACCCUUAAAAUAAAGGUUUUUAGUGUUAUCUACUCUUAUGUUAGGGUUAAAUAAAAUUUUGUUUGAAGUUUAUAUUAAUGAAAACCUUUACUUAGUUCCAAAUAAAGAGACCCAGAAUAAAAAGAAAAUACUGAUAUAUUUAGUUAUUGUCAUCUGUAGCCACUAGCAGGUCACUUUUACCAUGUGAUCCCUAAAGGGUUGGCAUGCCGUAAGUGUGCAGUGGGUAGACUGCUGUGGAAAUUGUACUUCUUGAGUAGUGAUAAUAAUUUUCAUUACUUCUGGAAUUUUAAGGGUGACAUAUAAACUAAAUAGCAAUUUGGGGAGUAAGGUUUAAUAUUACUAUUGGAUAUGAGACAGGAGAAAAUUUUUGUUUACCCCCAUUAGACAUAGGUCAAUUAUUGAUAAAAUAUUUGUUUUAAAAUUACUAAAUGCUUUAAACAUAUUGUAGCAUAAGAUAAAUGUGUUAAGAUAUAUCCAUGAGAACUUUUAAAAGGUAACUAUUGUGCAUGCCUGAUGCUUCAUAAACAGUAGCAUCAAAUGUUUGCAGCAGUCUCCAUAAUUAUGCAGUCCUUCUAAUACUGUAUCAAAAUAAAUUAAAAUAAAUAUAUUCAAAUUGA